CAUCCCUUAUUCCCUUUCUUCCUAAAAGUAAAUAACUAAAAAUCAAACCUGCUCUGCUGAUCGCCAAAAAAUUGACUGAUAAACAAGCUCGGCCAACAUUUCAUUGCAAAAAGGGGGAAAAUGGAGGGAGCUAGGUUCUCAGAUUGAGAUUGGGAAUUUGAGGUGGAUCUGCAAUUGAAAACUCCGUGAUACGAAUUUGGGAGCUGGAUGGAUCGAAUCAAAUUCGAUUUUCCAAAAUCUAGAAAGUAAGGUCAGAAUUUCAGCUGUUCCUCCCGAGAGACAAAUCUGUUCUUCUAAAUUUUAAAUUUCGAAUCUUUGGUAUGAAAAUUUGGAAAGAUCGAAACAAAGAGAGGCAAUUUUUAGGUAUUACGCUUUGGAUGAACAGCUGUUGGUAGGUGGGUAGCGGUACCUGAAACCCACAAGAACACUCUUUUCGGCGAUGCACUGAAUUUGUAGCUUAAUUUUCAAAGAAUUCAUCUUUCAUUUGUAUUUUAAUCCAAAAAUAAAAUAUGCAUGCCCGGCAUCGCAAUCCUGGAAAUGGGUACAGGUCCAAUUCCAUGGGUAUGGGGAUGGGCAUGGCUCCCAAUUCUCGGAUCUCCCCAGAGACUUCUCUGAGGGGCCAUGGCUUUUACAGCUCCGAACACCGAAACUUCAAUCGCGGUUUUGGCCGCCCCAAAUCUUUCCAGCCGCCUCCAGCUCCACCGCCUCCGCCUCCAGGUCCGCCCCGCAAAGGCGACAUCUUUAUGGAGGCGGGGCGCCUUGCCGCUGAGUAUUUGGUAUCUCAGGGGCUGCUGUCUCCGAAUGCGCUCUCCGCUAAAUGGCAGAAUACUAGUUUAAAGAAGCAAGUGGGGGAGUUUCAGGAGGCUGACCAUUUGCAAAUUGCAUCAGAAGGCCGGACUUCGGCUCUUGCUCGGUUGGGGAAUUCGGUUUCGGAUGGAGGGUCAAGAAGGGGAAGGUUUGGUGUUGAUGAAUUUAGCAGCAACACAAGGAAUCAUUUCAAGGGAAAGAGGAGAAAUGGGGCUGGAUCAUAUCGGGGUGGUUAUGGCUCGGAUUGGGGACGAGACUAUGGCAGGAGUGGUUCCUUCUCGGAUAGACAUAGUAGGGCUUCCUCUGAUAGGGAGGGUGAUGAAGGUUCUGUUUCUGGACACCAUGAGGAGCAGAAACUCAGUAAAGAUGCUGGUAAUAAUGCAUUGCAACAAAACUCCAGUCCAAGCGAGUUGAGGCCCAGGAGUGAGGAUGCAGUGGAUUCGGAAUCUAAAUUGAACAAGGGCCGAUACCCAGAUGAUGAUAUGAGUUCAAAGCCAAGUUCUUCUGGAGCUUGGAAAGAUGGUCCAAAUGAAACUGAUGAAGUUGGUGAGGAACCUGCCAAGGUAUCGGAUAAAGAGAUGAAGGAUCAAGAUUGUGCCAACAAUGAGGAAACUGAGAAACAAAGUGUUUCGGAGAACUUACUGAUGCAGCUUGGUGCUGCAGAAGCCGAGGGUGAGGGUGAUUCCUCAGGCAAGAAUGGGACUGACUUGCUAACACUGUGCAAAUUUGCCAAGGUGCCCACUAGAAUCCGCUCAUCAUUGACGCACAGGGGUCCAAAGGUUGAUGAUCCACUUCCAAAUACCCAAGAGGGGACCACCUCUGACGCUGGCAUCGAACACAAAGAAUGUCAAGCUUUAGUUGAAAACGGUUCCGUUGAUGUUUCUUUAGGUACCACACUAUUAGAUAAAACUCAUUAUGAUAAUUGUCUCAACCCUGAAACUUCUAAAGCUCAGUCCAGUCAUUCUACUGAAAAUUUGGUAGAAUCAGGUCCUGAAUAUGGUAGUAUUGAGCAGAACAGAUAUGCAAGGUCCCAGUCUUUGCCAGGUAGAGCUUUUGUAAAUGUGCAAGAAUCAACUCAGGGACCUGUAGGGCUUAGGAGUUCCAGCUUUGUAGUUAAGGAAAGAGGUGAGAAAAGGGUUUUAGAAGAACAUGAUCAGCUGGAGGAAGCCAAAAAACCAAGACAAUGGCUUCCUUACAUGGUUACAGAGGCAGAUGGUUGUUUCGAGCUUUCAAACUUGAGUGAAAAGAAAGUAAAUUCACUGGAAGAAAACGUUUCUGGUGAGAAAUUGAUUAUAGCUGUUGAUCAGGAGAGCUCAGUGAUGAAUGAAUCCCAAUCCCAAAAAGAUGGAGGUGAAGCCUGCAUUGAGUUUGCGCAAGAAAAGAAGCUUUUUCCGGAUUCAUUCAAGAUCUGCGACCUUAAUCUCAUGGGGGUUUGUGAUGCACAUGAGAAUCGUGAUACUGAUAUAGAUUAUCAGGUUGUUUCUGGAAUGAAGAAAAAAAUAGCUCCUGUUGAUGUUGACUUAUCAAUGAAUAACUCCAAUGUGUCUGGUGAGAACAGUAGACACACUGUCAAUGUUAAAGAGAUUGAAGUCAUUGAUUUAGAAAAUGACUCUAUCCAAGAAAACAAGGCCUUCAAUGGUGCAGAAAGAAAGACACAGACUGAAUUUACUCCUCUGGAGGGCUUUCCUAACCAUGCACAGAAUACUAGUGAUAUCCCUGAUGUUCAAGAUGGUUAUGGACUUAUGAUCUCAGAAUUGCUGGGAAACGAUUUCCCAAAUUGUUCUUCAGUACCAGAGGAUCUUAAUUCAAUGCAUAACGAAAUUGGCCUUCAUAAUGGAGAGGAGACUCUUGCCGAUGAUGAUUCAAUAUAUAUGGCUCUUGGAGAAAUACCAUUAAGUAUGCCACAUUUUUAAUACACUGCCUUUUUGAGGCCCUGGGAGCAGCCAACCCCGCAGGAGUAUGAGAAGCCCUUUUGAUCCAGCCAAUCAUAAAAUUUCUCAGAUGUAUAAUUCGGUAUGCUUAGUAUUGGUCAUUGUGGGUUCUUUUGUCCUAUCACCUCUAUUAAGUGGCAACCUUGCUUUGAUUGAAUUUUUUUUUUUUUCACUUAUUAAGGGUGCAAGUAAAUCUCUUCUUGUAGGAUGUUUAAGGAUGUUGAAUGAUGUUAAUUCUCUGUUACACCUUGUUCUUACAUGAAACAUGUUAAUCAUGUUGAUUGGCAGUAGUGGUUGCCAUCUGUUACUUGUCUGUUUUCGGUUCCUCAGUGACUUUACACAUAGAUCUUACACCUUGUUCAUAUUGAUUGGCAGAAA